GUUCCACUUAUGCUAUUUCUGACAUGCCUACUUUUUUAUUUCAGCUUUAUUUACAGUAAAUGAAUCCAGGCCGCCUCGCCUGCUUCUUCACAAACAGAAAACCUCCCCCACUCUCCACCCUCUCGUUUUUCUUUCCUUUUUUUUUUUUCAGUGCUGAUAUCUCACAGCACAGUUUGACAGACCAGAAGAGGAAACAGACGUUGUUCCUCUCGCCACAGAGAUGGUUGGUGGUCGCCUUUGCUGCCUGUGCUGCUUCUUCACAUACAGCGCUGUGCUGCUUCUUGGGGUCUGUCUCCAUGAUGUGGAGGCUUCCAACUGUCCACGCAUCAUCCAUAAACAAGUUGGAGACACUGUGGAGCUUCCAUCAUGCUUACCAACUGAAGGGGUCACCUCAGUAGUUUGGAAAUUUGGAGAUAAAACAGUUGCAGACAUGGAACAAAGCUUAAAUACUCAGUCCACAGACAGAAUAUAUCUAAACAACACAACCUGUAGUUUAACAGUGAGAAGACUGAUUGCUCAAGAUUCUGGUAAUUACAGUUUUCUCUCAGAGGCGAAGGACGUGCAAAGAGACACAGUCAUCAUCACUCUGCACGUUCAUGAGCCCAUAACUACACCUGUCCUGACUGCCAACACCACCUCACAUGCCUUCAAUGGAUCCUGCACAGUUUUCCUGUGGUGCACGUCUGACGGCCAGGUCAACUACAACUGGACCGUGAAGGACCGGACCCACCGUGGCUCCAGUACACAGCAUUACACCAUCAGGCCGCAGGACGGAGAGACCACAUUCACCUGCACGGUUUGGAAUGUAGUCAGUGAGCAAUCUGCGUCCACAACAGUGACGUGUAGCAACGACACGUCCGACCCUACAAAACCAGAGCCAGAAAACUUUGUCUUGUUCCUGAGUGUGGCAGCAGGAGCUGGUUUGACGAUUAUCAUUGUAGUCACCAUAAUUAUUUGGGUUUGUCUCCACACACAAAGACAAUCUGAAGGCAGUGACGCAAAUGACCUCACCGUGUAUGCCGAUAUCUCUGAUUAUGCAAGUGAAGACAGGACAUCAGCUAACAUGAAGCCAUGCUCAGUGUAUGAAACCAUUGACAACAGAGUCAACGCAGCCACAUCGGGGCCCCAGACUGUGUAUGACAAGAUUCAGUUUAAUCACAUGAGGAAUGCGUCGGGUUCACCCUAACAAUUAAUUUCAGGGAUAACAAAAUGAAUCAAUAACCAGAAGAAAAAAAACAUUUGUAAUAAGCAAAGAUAAAAAAAUAAAUGUAAUGCUAAUAUGAUAAAGGAAAGGUGCAAAAACAGAGUACAGACUCAAACAUCAUGCUUUAUCAAAUUUAAAAUUUUUUGCCUUGAGAGAGUUUGGCACCUUUCGUUUCUCAUAUUAGAAAUGUGAUACCAUUGGCAGUGUUGUAAAUUCUGUACAUAAUGAGAUUAUAUAUUUCUUAAUGUUUGUGCAUUUUGUUCCUUUCAUCCUGUACAAAGUUGUCCAUAUUAAAUUACGUUUACUCUA